GCCCCCGAGCAACACCAACUCCCCCAUCUCCUCCACCCCUUCAACCACACACAAUGGCGUCCAAGGUGGCGCCGUGGGCGUUCAGAUCAGUGGCGAGGGCAGUCCGCACCACUCCCAGACCUCAGUACCGCUCCUUUCACGUGUCGGCCGCCGCACGAAGCGACACCCUCAAUGUUCACCGCAACUCCGAGAAGAACAACCCCUCCGUGCCCUUCGAGUUCAACGCCAUCAACAAGCAGCUCAUCAAGGAGGUGCUCAGCCGCUACCCGAGCCAGUACAAGAAGGCCGCGGUCAUGCCGCUGCUUGACCUGGGCCAGCGGCAGCAUGGCUUCACCAGCAUCAGCGUGAUGAACGAGGUGGCGAGGAUACUGGAGAUGCCGCCCAUGCGGGUGUAUGAGGUGGCCACCUUCUACACCAUGUACAACCGUGAUCCCGUGGGCCGGUUUCAUGUGCAAUGCUGCACAACCACGCCAUGCGCUCUCCGUGGUGCCAACGAGAUCAUGAGGACCAUCGAACAGCAUCUCGGCGUUCACAACGGCGAGACGACGGCGGACGGCAUCUUCACCCUCACCGAGGUUGAGUGCCUCGGCGCGUGCGUGAAUGCGCCGAUGGUCCAGAUCAACGAUGACUACUUUGAAGAUCUCACCCCCGAGACUACCAAGCAGCUUCUAGAUGCAUUGAAGGAUGCGGCGGAGAAGACGGGCGCGGGUGGCAAUGCACCUGGCCUGGUGGGCGACUUUGGCAAGGAUGAGGUGAGCGGCAAGCCGACGGGGCGACAGGUCAAACUGGGCGGACCCGGAUACAGUGGACAGGGGGCGUUUGUGCCGGCGCCAGGGCCAUUGAGCUCGCGGACCUCGUGUGAGAAUUCAAAGGGCCGGACAACGUUGCUGGAAGAGCCGUGGACCGGCGAGAAGGUGUUCCGUACCGACGGUGAGAUCUAGACAUAUAUUCAUGUACAGUGUACCUCCAGACCGACCACUCUUGCGUGACAUGACACGUCUAGAGGGUUCGCAAUUGGUGCAGCCAAGAAUCCGCUGCCUAGUGUUGGAUGGUGUGGAUGAUCCAGCCUCGUCAAUUUCCCCUCAGGCCAAGCUAGUUCGCAGGUGGCUGGAGGUGGAUUACGCAUCGCUCAAAGACACUGUCCAUGCAGGCAACUCGUGGAGAGUAU